AGCUGAACUUCGUCACCAAGUCCCUAGAGCCAGCAAGACAUGGGCCUCAGUUUCCAAACCCUGACACCUCUCAUUUAACCAGAAGACCUGGAGGGGAGCCACCACCCCUGACCAUGUAGAUGUCAGCUCCAGGGAGCAGCAUGGGCCCUAAUGAAUGGAGACUCCUGGGUCUACAGCCCUGAGCCCCUCCGGCCCCUGGACCUCGUCCCACACCGGGGGACACUCCUUGGAGCUCAUCACCACUGUCACCAGCCCGCCUCGGCCACCCCCACCCCCCGGGACCCGGAGUUGGCCACCUGGUGCCACAGCUGACCAGUGAGGGUGUGCUGAGGACAGCCACAAGCAGCCAUCGCCCAGAAGCCUCUUGUCCAGCGCUGACCCUCGGGCCCAGCCUGAGCAGGGACCGCAGCAAACAUGGGUGACAUGACCAACAGCGACUUUUACUCCAAAAACCAAAGAAAUGAGUCGAGCCAUGGGGGCGAGUUUGGGUGCACAAUGGAGGAGCUCCGCUCCCUCAUGGAGCUGCGGGGCACCGAGGCUGUGGUCAAGAUCAAGGAGACUUAUGGGGACACCGAAGCCAUCUGCCGGCGCCUCAAAACCUCACCUGUUGAAGGUUUGCCGGGCACCGCUCCAGACCUGGAAAAAAGAAAGCAAAUUUUUGGGCAAAACUUUAUACCUCCAAAGAAGCCAAAAACCUUCCUGCAGCUUGUGUGGGAGGCGCUGCAGGACGUGACACUCAUCAUCCUGGAGAUCGCCGCCAUCAUCUCCCUGGGGCUGUCUUUCUACCACCCGCCUGGCGAGGGCAACGAAGGAUGCGCGACGGCCCAGGGUGGGGCAGAGGAUGAAGGAGAGGCAGAGGCAGGUUGGAUCGAGGGGGCUGCCAUUCUCCUCUCAGUUAUCUGUGUGGUCCUGGUCACGGCCUUCAAUGACUGGAGCAAAGAGAAACAGUUCCGGGGCCUGCAGAGCCGCAUCGAGCAGGAACAGAAAUUCACCGUGGUCCGGGCUGGCCAGGUGGUCCAGAUCCCUGUGGCUGAGAUCGUGGUUGGGGACAUAGCCCAGGUCAAAUAUGGUGACCUCCUCCCUGCCGACGGCCUCUUCAUCCAGGGCAAUGACCUCAAGAUUGAUGAAAGCUCCCUAACCGGAGAGUCUGACCAGGUGCGCAAGUCUGUGGACAAGGACCCCAUGCUGCUGUCAGGGACCCACGUGAUGGAGGGCUCAGGACGGAUGUUGGUGACUGCUGUGGGUGUGAACUCUCAGACUGGCAUCAUCUUUACCCUGCUGGGGGCAGGUGGUGAAGAGGAAGAGAAGAAAGACAAAAAAGCCAAACAGCAGGACGGGGCAGCCGCCAUGGAGAUGCAGCCCCUCAAGAGUGCUGAGGGCGGCGACGCUGACGACAGGAAGAAGGCCAGCAUGCACAAGAAGGAGAAGUCCGUGCUGCAGGGCAAGCUCACCAAGCUGGCUGUGCAGAUCGGGAAGGCAGGCUUGGUGAUGUCAGCAAUCACAGUGAUCAUCUUGGUUCUCUACUUCACCGUGGACACCUUCGUGGUCAACAAGAAGCCGUGGCUGCCUGAGUGCACGCCUGUCUACGUGCAGUACUUUGUCAAGUUCUUCAUCAUUGGCGUGACAGUGCUGGUGGUCGCCGUGCCCGAGGGUCUCCCUCUGGCCGUCACCAUCUCAUUGGCCUACUCAGUGAAGAAAAUGAUGAAAGACAACAACCUGGUACGCCACCUGGAUGCCUGUGAGACCAUGGGCAAUGCCACAGCCAUCUGCUCAGACAAGACGGGCACGCUGACCACCAAUCGCAUGACAGUGGUACAGGCAUAUGUCGGUGACGUCCACUAUAAAGAGAUCCCUGACCCCAGCUCCAUCAACACCAAGACCAUGGAGCUGCUGGUCAAUGCCAUCGCCAUCAACAGCGCCUACACCACCAAGAUUCUGCCCCCAGAGAAGGAGGGCGCCCUGCCUCGGCAGGUGGGCAACAAGACAGAGUGCGGCCUGCUGGGCUUCGUGCUGGACCUGAAGCAGGACUACGAGCCCGUGCGCAGCCAGAUGCCAGAGGAGAAGCUGUACAAAGUGUACACCUUCAACUCCGUGCGCAAGUCCAUGAGCACUGUCAUCAAGCUGCCCGACGAGAGCUUCCGCAUGUACAGCAAGGGGGCUUCUGAGAUCGUGCUCAAGAAGUGCUGCAAAAUCCUCAAUGGGGCGGGAGAGCCCCGUGUCUUCCGGCCCCGCGACCGGGACGAGAUGGUAAAGAAAGUGAUUGAGCCCAUGGCUUGCGAUGGGCUCCGCACUAUCUGCGUGGCCUACCGCGACUUCCCCAGCAGCCCCGAGCCGGACUGGGACAACGAGAAUGACAUCCUCAACGAACUCACCUGCAUCUGCGUGGUGGGCAUCGAGGACCCCGUGCGGCCGGAGGUCCCAGAAGCCAUCCGCAAGUGCCAGCGGGCAGGCAUCACGGUCCGCAUGGUCACUGGUGACAAUAUCAACACGGCUCGGGCCAUCGCCAUCAAGUGUGGCAUCAUCCAUCCUGGGGAGGACUUUCUGUGCCUCGAGGGCAAGGAGUUCAACAGAAGGAUCCGCAACGAGAAGGGGGAGAUUGAGCAGGAGCGAAUUGACAAGAUCUGGCCAAAGCUGCGGGUGCUGGCUCGCUCCUCCCCCACGGACAAGCAUACCCUGGUUAAAGGCAUCAUCGACAGCACACACACUGAGCAGCGGCAGGUGGUGGCCGUGACAGGGGACGGGACCAACGACGGGCCUGCACUCAAGAAGGCUGACGUGGGCUUUGCCAUGGGCAUCGCAGGCACUGAUGUGGCCAAGGAGGCCUCAGACAUCAUCCUGACAGACGACAAUUUCAGCAGCAUCGUCAAGGCAGUGAUGUGGGGCCGCAAUGUCUAUGACAGCAUCUCCAAGUUCUUGCAGUUCCAGCUCACAGUUAACGUGGUGGCUGUGAUUGUGGCCUUCACGGGGGCCUGCAUCACGCAGGACUCCCCUCUGAAAGCUGUGCAGAUGCUCUGGGUGAACCUCAUCAUGGACACGUUUGCCUCACUGGCACUGGCCACCGAGCCGCCCACGGAGACCCUGCUGCUGAGGAAGCCGUACGGCCGCAACAAGCCGCUCAUCUCCAGGACCAUGAUGAAGAACAUCCUGGGCCAUGCCGUCUACCAGCUCGCCCUCAUCUUCACCCUGCUCUUCGUUGGCGAGAAGAUGUUCCAGAUCGACAGCGGAAGGAAUGCGCCCCUGCACUCGCCACCUUCAGAGCACUACACCAUCAUCUUCAACACCUUCGUCAUGAUGCAGCUCUUCAACGAGAUCAACGCCCGCAAGAUCCACGGCGAGCGCAACGUCUUUGACGGCAUCUUCCGGAACCCCAUCUUCUGCACCAUUGUGCUGGGCACCUUUGCCAUCCAGAUAGUGAUUGUGCAGUUUGGAGGGAAGCCAUUCAGCUGCUCUCCACUGCAGCUGGACCAGUGGAUGUGGUGCAUAUUCAUUGGGUUAGGAGAGCUCGUUUGGGGCCAGGUCAUCGCCACCAUCCCGACCAGCAGACUCAAGUUCCUCAAGGAGGCAGGCAGGCUCACGCAGAAGGAGGAGAUCCCGGAGGAGGAGCUCAACGAGGAUGUGGAGGAGAUCGACCAUGCAGAGCGGGAGCUGCGGCGGGGCCAGAUCCUGUGGUUCCGAGGCCUGAAUCGGAUCCAGACGCAGAUCCGCGUCGUGAAGGCGUUCCGUAGCUCUCUCUAUGAAGGUUUAGAAAAGCCUGAAUCUCGAACCUCCAUCCAUAACUUCAUGGCUCAUCCUGAAUUCCGGAUCGAAGAUUCCCAGCCCCACAUCCCCCUCAUUGACGACACCGACCUGGAAGAAGAUGCCGCGCUCAAGCAGAACUCGAGCCCGCCGUCAUCGCUCAACAAGAACAACAGCGCCAUUGACAGUGGGAUCAACCUGACGACUGACACAAGCAAAUCAGCUACCUCUUCAAGUCCAGGGAGCCCCAUCCACAGCCUGGAGACGUCGCUUUAGCUGAGGACCCUGUCGCCUGCCCGCCCACUCUCAUGGACCCCGCUGCCACCCGCCUUCUGGGCACCCAUCCAUCCAGGCACCCAACUCACCCAAGCAGCAACGAGCAACAAUCGGAAACCAAAUACUGGAGAGAAAACCAAUGUUUCCACCAACAGACCCUUUCUCUGGCUGCGAUGCUGUUUGAACUCUUUUUCACUUUGAGGCAAGGGGCGGGAUCCCCCCCGGGGGCUUACGGGAGUGAGCAGUUUUCCCAAAACAAGCCCUUCCUGGCUCCCACCCAGACAUGGACCAGCCAUGCACCCGCCCAGCCACCACAUCCCCCGCAUGAAUGUACUGUACACUUUCAAUCCUCCCCUUGUUUGGUUUUUGGGGGUUGGGGAGGGGUUUUUUUGUUUGUUUGUUUUCUUAGGCGGGAACUGCAAACAGACUCUUUUCUGAGACUAUUUAUCCAAUCCACUGGUCUGUGAGUUUUUGAAAUGCUUGCGCAGCAUGGUCUCAGUUGUAUAGGUUAAUUUAAUAACUUUUUGAAAUUGCAGAGCUUAACUCGCCUAGUAGAUUUGCACCAAUGGAACCGAAGAACUUCAUAGACACUCACAAGGUUAUAUCCAUUUCUUUGUAUCUAUAUCAACGUAUACUUCUCCGAGACUGUAUACGUCCAUAUAGAUAGGUAGAUAUAUAUAUAUAUAAAUAUAUAUACAUGGAUAUAUAAAGUUUCUUUGCCGGCAUGUUGCCUUGUUUCCGCUUAAAUUGCUCUAUUUUAACUUAUUUAUGUCCUAAAAGAAGAAUGUAAUUUGUUUACAAACCUGUAGAUAACGUCUUUGGCUAUUUGUAUGGUUUAAGAACACUGGUGGCUGAGAUGCUAUAAAAACAGCUCGGCCCAACAGACACUUCCCCUGGGUUGCAUCCUUGAUGUUUUAUGAUAGCCAUGCUCUGAUUUUUGCCUGCUAUUUCCGUUCAAUAAUGUCACUACCGUGAGAGGCUCAGGCAGAAGCCAAAUGCUACCGAGUUGCCAUCCUGAGGGGUUUAACAACAUGCUCCGUAGACGAAGGGAGAGGAGGAGAGAAGGCUUCCUGGGUUUGCAACACUAACGGCCAUCCGGCCCAAGGAUGCCAGGAUCUGCAAAGCACUGCUCGAAGACUUUUCUCUCAAUGAAACUCGCUUGAGUUUACUAAGAGCAUUUCAAAAAUAGGUUCUCUUUGGCACUGUCUGUACAGAGAUUGAGGUAGUGUUGAAAUAUUAUAAAUGGUAACGUGUUGAUUUUUUUUUUUUUUUAGUUAGUAACUUACAGGUUUAUUUCCUUAUUAAUGGCAGCGUCCGAGCUGUUGGCAUAUUGGAUGAGGAUCAGUAUGGCUUGCUGCUUUUAUUUUUAUUUUUGAAGAAGAAUAGCCUUUUUCUCUGCACUAUUUAGAUCCGAAUGAACCUUAUGAUGUGUAUAUUGAGAUGUAUUCAGUGUGAUUUUAAACCAAAUUGUCUUCCUGUAGUCACAAUAUAUACUGUAGCCUUUUAACAGCAAGUCUUGCUUUCCCAAACAGAAAGCCAUUCUGAAACCCUACAGUAUCACAGGUGAGAAAAGGUGGUUAUUUUUCCCCAAGACAACAGCACUAGUAAUCCCACUUGAUAAGAGCUUAUUUAACUGUGUGUCAGCCUCUUGACUGCUAAGCACUUUGUGGGGCUCAGCGUUUUUCAUAAAAGAACUUUUGUAUUUAAUACAAAGUUUGCUUUGAGACUUUUCAGCAUAUGAUCUUUUUCCAUAAACUUGUACAGUGCAAAAGACAUUUUGAAUACCAUGAUCGAUGAUGUCCCAUGCUUCGAGGAAAACCAAACACUUUCCGCCUCUCUUGUAAAAUCCAUUCCUCAUGCUGACCCUCCUCUUGGUGGCUAUGUCAGCCCAGCCCCUUCCCUUCUCCAGGCCCAGAGAACUCUUCCACAAACAAGAUGAGAGCCACUCGGGAAAAGAGCCAUAGUCAGCUGGGAGGGCCUACAUUUGGAUGGCUGUGGAAAAACUUGAGGGUUUGGGGUUCAAAGUCAGCCCAUCCCACCUGGCAAAACCUUCCUAGAAGGAGGUCCUUCAAGAGCGUACCACCUGAAUGUCAUGAAGAAGUAUCUCUGAAUGUAUCCAGCAGAGGAAACUGCAUACCCAAAGGGGUGACCAGCCCUCAGAUGUGCUUAUUGGAUUCCAGUACAAAUGCCACCAAAGCCAACCCACUGCUCUCCUACGAGGAAGGAAAGACCUGCACGUGUAAAACAUGGGGCAGCCUUGGAACAUGGUGUUUUUUGGAGUUUCCUUUCUCACAGUUUUCCAUCUCCCCACUUCUUUGAUCAGUCAUGUGUCUGCGACCUCAUUCCAUGACAUCAGGAUAGCUGUGUUUGCACGCCAUGCUCCAUGUUCAUUUGGAGCCAGGAGAGGUUCUCAGUGGAGCCUGGCUUAGGGAACAGGGAGCGAUGGAAGAAUGCCAACAUUAGCGUUGGUCGUCUCUUGUCAGGAAUGAAGGAUGCUUGCACACAUGCACCCCCUCACUCUCACACUUGCACACACAUACACACACACAAAAUGGUUGGUUUGUCAAAACUCACUGUAGUACAUAAAGCUUGCACUCUGCGUCCUAUAUCUAGCAGCAUGGGGUACGUUUGGCAGUUCACCCCAUUAGGGGGUAAAUAAUUUAUGACCAUUCAUCUGUUUUUAUGAAUUUUUUUAUCUAGACAAUAAUUGUAAAUAAAGAACUCACCAUCUCUGUUCAUUUAAUACUAUGCAAUGGUUAUGCUUUCAAUCGCUGGCUCUUCUGACUCGCGCAGUGUGGUUCUGAAAUGUCUGUGGUUUUAAAAAAAAAAGGCAAAAAACAACAUCAAACAGAACAUAGUAAAUAUAUCUGUAAUGUAUACUUUUUUCUAGUUUGGGACUGCACCAUCCAUAUAGCUUCUUUUCUGCCCUCUAGACAAGGGCUCCAGGAGAAGUUGACAGAUUUGGUUCUGAGAGCUAAGCUCACCAACUUGUCUCCCCCUCAACAGAUGAGAUAAGGGCAGGUAGCCUCUUCAGUGACUCCCGGCACUGCAGAAUCACUCAUCUUUGGAGGUGAGCAGGGAGAGCUCUGAGGAGUUUCCUCCUUGCAACUCAGGCGGAGAUUUCUUUAACUCAGGAGCAGCCUCCAUUGCUCCCGCCAACCCCUCACCAUGGCCCCUUAUCCCCUUGUCCCAACCAUAGCAUAGAGAUGACAAGAGGGAGGUGGUCCUAUUUCUGAGACUGGACCAAUUAAAAUGACUGCACUGGCUCAAGGACUCUGAACCUGUCUUGUCCUGGGUCCCCCAGUUAUUGGAAGCCACUCUUUUCCCCAACCAUGUUGAAAUGCCACCUUUACCACACACUGAUGUCUUAUAUAGACUUGGAUCUAUUUCUGGAACUUCUCUUCUCUUCCCUUACCUGGGUGGCUCAUCUGGCACCAGCCAUACAAUUUUAACUAUUCAAUUUCUAAUGUCAAUUUCUAAUGUCUUAUUAUGUGGUGGGAUGAGUCCCUUCACUCUUCUUUUACAAAAUUUCCUAGUUAUUCUCUCACAUCUAUUCUUCCACAUAAACUUUAAAUUGUGCUCAGUCGUCCACCCCCUGUCCCAUUCCCACCCCAAAUCCUGGGCCCUGUCAUUCCCUGUGCCAUCAUCUUCCCCCCAUUGUAAUUACUGUCCACUCAGGGCUGUGAAAUCGAGUAUGUUCUAUAAAGAGGGACAAAAAGGGCAUCCUGAUCUUGAGGGAAGCCUUCUGUUCCUCCCAUCAUUUCACCUGUCCCCUAAGCCCAGGAGUUGUCAUGAGAGGCCACCAGGCCCCCACUCAAUUCCAGCUUGGGAACCAAAGUCACCCACCUUAGUUGUGUUGGGGUGGACCCGUCAUCUGUCCCUGGUCCGGAUGAGAAAGAGGAGUCUCUCCCAGGCCUGGAGCUGGGAAAGAAUGUGUGGCCCAGUUGUCUGCACUUCUAAUUCUCAUCAUGGAGAAACCUUUAUUCCUGUCUCCCUUUCCUGAACUGAUUUUUUGUUGUUUUUGUUUCAUUUUGUUUUGGGGGGAUCGUUUCUUGCUCUUUAAUUGGGAGUCUCCAGCACCUUUGGGAUGCAGGCAGUUCUUGCCUGGGCCUUCUCGGAACCCUCACUCCCCUAGCCCACUCUUGCGCUACCUACAGGAGGCUGCCAACCUGGUGCACUCUGACAAGCCUCCCACCCAAAUCUCUCUCCUGCCAUUGUGUCCAAAAUCCCACCAUUAGAGGAUCUUGUAGGGAGGAGUGUUUCUUGAAGGCUUUUAGGCCUUCCAGAGUCAGGACAGAAGUCAGACAACAGCAGGAAGUCCCCAAGCCUUUUCAAAGUUCCCAACCAAGCUCUCCUGAUUUUAAUGUAGAGAUCAUACCAACCCAGGUGGGGGAGGAGGGUCCCUAGCCCCAGGCAGCAGCCAUCCACUCCACUGAAAACCCCCUCCACUGAAAACCAUAUUGGAGGCUGCUUUGGGACUGUCCUUCUCAGCCCCCUGAGUCUGUUUUGUAAUGCCUGUGGUGCUCUCCCUCCCGGACCUUUCCUCUCGGGGGUCACCACACUUUGCUAACUCUUGUGUGCACAUAUUUUAUAAUAGAGUAGCGAGGGAAUGGUGCCGCCUCCAGCUUCCAUAAGCUGCCCGGGCUCUGGGGUCUCUGGGACAAUCGGGGCUGGGAAGUGACUGUGCUCUUAUUGUACACUCUUUAUUUCUCUGUAUCUUUGGCUUGUGCUCUUUGUAAUUAAUGGGAUUUGUCUGCCUUUUCAACACUAUACUGAGCAAUAACAAUAAAUGCACACGUGGAAAUGCA